CCGGCGGCCAGCGGCCGGGGGCGGCGGGGGAGGAUCGCGGAGGCGGUGGUAGGGACCGCUUGCGAGUGCGCCCGCUGCUCUGUCCCGGCUCGCUAGUCGCCGGAGCCCCGCCGUGCUGUCCCUGGGACACGUGACUAUCAGUAAUCAUGAAGAACCCAUUUUCACACCUUGCUGAGCCUUUGGAUCCUGCACAACCAGGAAAGAAAUUCUUCAAUUUGAAUAAAUUGGAGGAUUCAAGAUAUGUACGCUUACCAUUUUCAAUCAGAGUUCUCCUGGAGGCAGCUGUUCGGAACUGUGAUGAGUUUUUGGUGAAGAAAAAUGACAUUGAAAAUAUCCUAAAUUGGAAUAUCAUGCAGCAUAAGAACAUAGAAGUACCAUUUAAGCCUGCCCGUGUCAUCCUACAGGACUUUACGGGUGUGCCAGCUGUGGUUGACUUUGCUGCAAUGCGUGAUGCUGUGAAAAAGUUGGGAGGAGAUCCAGAGAAAAUAAACCCUGUCUGUCCUGCUGAUCUUGUAAUUGACCAUUCUAUCCAGGUUGACUUCAACAGAAGGGCUGACAGUUUACAGAAGAAUCAGGACCUAGAAUUUGAAAGAAAUAAAGAACGAUUUGAAUUUUUAAAGUGGGGUUCUCAGGCUUUUUGCAACUUGCGGAUUAUUCCCCCUGGUUCAGGAAUCAUCCACCAGGUGAAUCUGGAGUACUUGGCAAGAGUGGUGUUUGAUCAGGAUGGAUAUUAUUACCCAGAUAGCCUCGUGGGCACAGAUUCACACACUACCAUGAUUGAUGGUUUGGGUGUUCUUGGUUGGGGUGUGGGUGGUAUCGAAGCAGAAGCUGUCAUGCUUGGUCAACCGAUCAGCAUGGUGCUUCCCCAGGUGAUUGGCUACAGGUUGAUGGGAAAGCCCCAAGCUCUGGUAACAUCCACUGACAUUGUGCUCACCAUUACCAAGCACCUCCGCCAGGUUGGGGUUGUGGGCAAAUUUGUCGAGUUCUUUGGGCCAGGAAUAGCCCAAUUGUCCAUUGCUGAUCGAGCUACAAUUGCAAACAUGUGUCCAGAAUAUGGAGCAACAGCUGCCUUUUUCCCAGUUGAUGAAAUUAGUAUCAAGUACCUGGUGCAGACAGGUCGGGAUGAAAACAAAGUCAAGUACAUUAAAAAGUAUCUUCAGGCUGUAGGAAUGUUUCGAGAUUUUAGUGACUGCUCUCAAGACCCAGACUUCACCCAGGUUGUGGAAUUAGAUUUGAAAACAGUUGUACCUUGCUGCAGUGGACCCAAGAGGCCUCAGGACAAAGUCGCUGUGUCUGACAUGAAAAAGGACUUUGAGACCUGCCUUGGAGCAAAGCAAGGAUUUAAAGGAUUCCAAAUUGCUGCAGACCAUCACAAUGACCAGAAGACAUUUAUCUACAAUAAUAAUGAAUUCACCCUUGCUCAUGGUUCUGUGGUAAUUGCUGCCAUUACUAGCUGCACAAAUACCAGUAAUCCAUCUGUGAUGUUAGGAGCAGGAUUAUUAGCAAAGAAGGCUGUGGAUGCUGGCCUGAAUGUGAAGCCAUACAUCAAAACCAGCUUGUCUCCUGGCAGUGGAGUGGUCACUUACUAUCUGCGAGAAAGUGGAGUCAUGCCUUACCUGUCUCAGCUUGGGUUUGAUGUGGUGGGCUAUGGCUGCAUGACCUGCAUUGGCAACAGUGGACCCUUACCUGAACCUGUGGUAGAAGCCAUCACUCAGGGAGACCUAGUAGCUGUUGGAGUACUAUCUGGGAACAGGAACUUUGAGGGUCGAGUCCACCCUAACACCCGGGCCAACUAUUUAGCGUCUCCUCCCUUAGUAAUAGCAUACGCAAUCGCUGGGACCAUCAGGAUUGACUUUGAGAAAGAACCACUGGGGACAAAUGCAAAGGGACAACAAGUAUUUCUGAAAGAUAUCUGGCCCACUCGAGAUGAGAUCCAGGCGGUGGAGCGACAGUAUGUCAUCCCUGGGAUGUUUAAGGAGGUCUAUCAGAAAAUAGAGACUGUGAAUGAAAGCUGGAAUGCUUUAGGAGCUCCAUCAGAUAAGCUGUACUUCUGGAAUCCCAAAUCUACAUAUAUUAAAUCACCACCAUUCUUUGAAAAUCUGACUUUGGAUCUUCAGCCCCCUAAAUCUAUAGUGGAUGCCUACGUUCUAUUAAAUUUGGGAGAUUCAGUAACAACUGACCACAUCUCUCCAGCUGGAAAUAUUGCAAGAAAUAGCCCUGCUGCUCGUUACUUAACUAAUAGAGGCCUAACUCCUCGAGACUUYAACUCCUAUGGCUCCCGCCGAGGGAAUGAUGCCAUCAUGGCACGGGGAACCUUUGCCAACAUUCGCUUGUUAAAUAAAUUUUUGAACAAGCAGGCACCGCAGACUAUACAUCUUCCUUCUGGAGAAACUCUUGAUGUAUUUGAUGCUGCCGAGCGGUAUCAACAAGCAGGCCUUCCCCUAAUUGUUCUGGCUGGCAAAGAGUAUGGCUCAGGUAGCUCCCGAGACUGGGCUGCCAAGGGCCCUUUCCUGCUGGGAAUCAAAGCUGUUUUAGCUGAGAGUUAUGAGCGCAUUCACCGCAGUAACUUGGUUGGAAUGGGAGUGAUCCCCCUUGAAUAUCUCCCUGGUGAGAAUGCAGACACCCUGGGACUCACAGGACGGGAACGAUACACUAUUGUCAUUCCAGAGAACCUCAAACCACAAAUGAAAGUCCAGGUUAAGCUGGAUACUGGAAAGACCUUCCAGGCUGUCAUGAGGUUCGACACUGAUGUGGAGCUUACUUAUUUCCACAACGGAGGCAUCCUCAACUACAUGAUACGCAAGAUGGCCAGGCAGGCCCUUGUUUCUUAGAAGAUCCGCACUAGGUGCUGCACCCCAUGGGAUCCCAGCCAGCUGGGACCCUAGUGGAGAAACUUCCUUGCAGACAGCAAGUAAACACUGCAUUUUGGGUGCCAUUCCUGGAGGCACAAAGCCAAAAGUUUCUACAUUCUCUGUUAUUGUUAAUCUUUGAAUCUUUUUCUAGAAUUUGGAAGCUGUAAUCAUGGGAAGAUCAGUAAUGCAGAAAGAKAACCAGCCUGUCUUUAAAUCAGUGACAUUGAUUUGUUUUCACUCUUCCCUAUUAAUUUUCAGCUAAGCACUAGCAAGUCUUCUUGGAAGAUGUCUCCUACCCUGUUUUCCCUCCUACCCUUCCCUUGCUCUUCUGUUUUCCUCUGCUCAGUGAAACCCUUCUCUUAAGGGUUCUGUUCCUUUGCAAUUUAUACCAGUGUUAAUUGGCAUAGGUAGGUAAGAACUUUUUCACCCUUCAAAUCAUGGUAGUGAUUGCGAUCCCCCUUCAGAGUGAGUAAUCCAGAUGCCUCAUGGUCAGGUCAAACGUUGAAUUUUUUGAUGAUGUACCUUUUGAUGGAUCCACAUAACAGUAAAAAUUUUUCUUUAUUAUGUUCAGAAAUUUUCCCCAGGAAACAUUUUAUCUGUCAAGGAGACCUUUGUUUGGAGAUGGAUUGGGAGACAUAGAACAUUUCUGAUUUGAAUAAGAUUAAAUAUA